AUGGUUACGGACUCGCCCCUGGUCAAGAUCGCCGGUAACAGCGGUUUGGCGGAUCGGUCUCGGAAGCCUCGGAAUAUUUCGGUGCUGGUCGUUCUUCUGUACAGUUGGAGGAUUAGUGUUAAUGUCAAGAAAUACGCCGUGCUAGAAGAUGUCUAUUAUGGGGUGCAAAUUGCGUACCUUGCAAUUAUUGGAACGCAACUUUUCAUGAUUGUGCUUAGCGUAAUUCUCCUAUUAGGAAUUUAUAAGACUUUUGAUAAUCGGCCAGGAACUGUCGAUGUUGGAAAGGACUACGAAAUAAAAAUUGCGGUGUUACUAUCUUUACGGUGUAUUAAUAACACCAAGAUACGAAAUUUCUGGCUUAUUGGAAAUGCAGAUAAGUGUGGAGCUUUUGACGACAUCAUUUUAUCCAUCGAAAACCAGGACUGUAACAUUAUAACGUACUUUAUACAGCUCAAACAUGUAAUGAAACCAAAAGCUCUCAAAAGGAGGGAGCUCGUAACGUAUAAACCGAAAAACAAAGAUUUUUACCUCCCAAAAUAUUAUAACACUGUGAAGUCUAUAAAGCAGCAAAUGGAUGCCGAAAAUAAUUCAAAAUCGGAUGUAAUGAAAUAUUUAGACCGCCAUAGAAACAGUAUGGUUUAUAUCCUUUUUACAACAAGAGAUAGUUGUAAAGGUGAUCAUUUAAUCAACAUUAAUAAAGGAUCAAGUGCAGAAAACACGCUGUUACUUUACGAAUGUGUAAAUACAGACGGAGAAAUCUUAUCUUUCAAUUACGAAAACUUAAAUUUAGAAAUUGAAGAUGAAUACCGACAAUGGAUGGAUAACUUUUAUCUAUUUACUAAGCAGGUUCAUAUAAAGAAAGUGGAUGCUAUAAUACAAGAUUACAUUAGAAAGUUAAUUCAUCCCGUUGAACUUGCUAAGCAUGUAAUGGAUGAACUUUACCAAAAGCUAAUGUUGCUUGUAUCUCAAUGGGCAAAAGGUGAGCUAGGGGGAUUUUACCCGUUAAAUAAAAAUAUAAUAUUAAACGUUCUGUUUGAGUGUCUAACAAAAUCGUACAUGUGGAAUUUUGGUGGGAAUAAUCCAAAUACUGUAGAGCUCCGUAGCGAUGAUUUCUUUCGCAUUUCAAACUCUGCGGUAACCGUUAUCCAUAGUGAUGAUGUCGUAAAGCAAUUCUUAGUGAGUCACAUAUACAGAAUUAUUGAGCAAUACUCAGAGGUAAAUGAACACAAGGUGCUUUGGAAGAGACAUCCCGAGAAGAUUAGCAAAUCAAUUUUUAGAGUGACAGGAAGGUACAAAAAAAUUACGAAGGAGGCCGCUUACGAAUUUCUAUGGAAAAUUAAGGAGCUUCCUCUUUUACUAGAAGUGAAGACGAUGGAAGAUUGCAAAAUAUUAUUUCAACUACUUGGUAUCUUCCCAGAAAUGUUUAAAGUAAUCGUAUUGGCCGAAUCUGUUGAACACAUCGAUGAAAAGUUGCAAAUUUGCUCCUCGUUACAUCAUUUAAGCGAAGGUGAUCGUAAUUUCGUUUUGAAUUACCCAGUCAAACUACAAAACAGGCCAUUCGUAAAAUUGUCAUCUUUUGUAAACCCAGAGAACUUCCAUCUUGUUACCAUUAAGGACAUCGUAUAUAUUUUCAUGGACAAAUUCAAUAUCGGUGGUGAUCCUCCGUCUAUACCAGAGAUAUUUAUUAAACAAACUACAGAACCGGUAUUGCUAAGAUCAGAAGUAUUAAAAGAAGUUAGUGCGGAAAAAUUUGUAAUUUACUGCCUGCACAUUGGAGACAUGAAUGUUUUCUUGGGUAAGUUGGGAAUUUCGUUAGAAAACGAUGAUAUACUUACUUGGCAACCAAAUUGCACAAACAACAUAGCUAAAAAUCAUCAAAUUAUCCUUGUCCCUGAUUCCAGUGAGAUUUUAAACGUUAUCAACAUGACCAACUCUACUACUCAUCUUCUGAUACUAACAUGCAAAGAUAAAUUAGAAUGGAUAAAUACUUUUGGAAGCUAUCAAAACAUUGCGUCAUACAGGAAAGAUAUAAAGAUGGAAGAUUUUAAAAAUUACACCCGUCCCAUGCAUGAUGAUUUCUUAAAAAAGAUGGCCCCCAAAAUUAACAUAAUUAGUGCUGACCCCGGCACGGGCAAGUCUACCAUGUUAGCCUUUAUUGCAAACACCGCGCCAACGGAUAGGUGGAUAUUAUUAAUAAAUCUGAUCGAUCAUAUCAAUUAUUACAAAGACUACGACGCUUCGAGAAAUCAUGUUGAGUAUUUUGCUACACAUUGUAUCAAUAACCCUUUGUCCCGAUUGAUUUUCGAUGUCCACUUAGCAACCAAGAAGCUUAUGAUAUUGUUUGAUGGCUUUGACGAAAUUCCAUUUAAUGUGCAUAAAAAAGUCGUUAAAAUGAUUCGUGAUUGUGAGCAGUUGGGCUGUGUAGUUUACCUAACAACGCGUACGAAUAUGCAGGCAUUUUUAGAGAAAUCAUUCCAAACCUUCGCUCGUUCGGUUACGCUAUUUUCGCCGCGUGAUCAAUUUGAGUAUAUGAAAAGGUAUUUCACGCAACACUGCAGUGACACCACCGACACUGCAGAAUUGAUUGAUACCUUUACAAAUAAUCUGUUAAAAGCAACCGCUGGCAACUUAAACGAUCAGGAUCAGAAAUUCACUGGAAUUCCACUACAGGCGAGUUUAUUGUGUCAGGUCUUCAAGAAAGAUUGCGUGUCUUACUUGCACAGUCAAGUUUUUGAAAAUAAACACUUUGAUCUGAUCUACUUAUACAAACAGUUCAUUAGUGAGAAAAUCAAAAUAGUAUGCGACAAGUUUGGAAAGGGUUCCGAAGAUUUGUUUUAUCACUACCACGAGUAUCGAACACUGUUUGCGUUCCAAUCGAUAUUUUUAAAAGAAGAUCUUGAAAGUUUGAAUGUUGAUCAAAGGCUAAACCAGGUUGUGAUAUUGCUCCCCGACAUCUUGCAUCAACUCCAAAAGGACGGGAUCGUUACAAUUUGCAAGGAGACCGAAGUUGCAUUCAUUCACAGAACUUUUGCCGAAUAUCUUGUGGCGAAAUGGUUAUCCAAACAUUGUGAUGAUGAUGAUGACAACACAGAAAUAGCUAAAAAUCUCAUUAAAAAAAUGUUCGAACCUAACUUUGUUACGGUACGAAAUAUGUUUGACCGAUUAAUGGCCAAAAGAUGCCCAUUGCAUUUAGCAAUCAUUAAUCGCCAAAUAGCCGAAAUUGAAAUGAUUUUGGAGAGAGACAAGGCAUCACUGUCACAUUUGGAUAGGGGUGGUAGGUCAGUGUACCAUUUGGUUGCCGGUCUGGGUGUCUAUCAUCCUCCUUGCAAUAUUUUCAGCAAUAACCGAAGCGUGAUAAGUGAAAUGAAUUCAAAGGAUCCAAUGAUAAGCGUUUUAAAGCUACUGGGAAAGGUGGAAUGUAAAAAGGACCGGUUAUUAGAUUAUACUCCUAUUGACUAUGCAAUUGCGAGUGCCUCUCUUAAUUUGGCCAAUGUUUUAUGUAAGCAACUAGAGAGUAUUGAUGGCUGUAUUACACUGCCAGCGCUAGAUACGGCACACGCUUCCUCUCAACUCAACAUAUUCAAAUUUGGAUACUUAGAAAUGGCACUCGUGAAGCAUACCACUUUUACCGAAUUAAAGAAAUUAGAGCAAAUCUCAUUCGACAAGGAGAGUCACCCCAUUCAUCACGCGAUUUUCAACGGGCGUAUUACGGCGCAACUACCAUGCGACACUGCAGCUGCGCCAAUAUCUACCCAGUCUCAGAUUAUACAAGGUCUACUCGAACAAGGAGUACAUGUAGACAAUCCGGACAAUUCCGGAAAAACUGCUUUACAUUGGGCUGCAAUCAAGGGUCAUCUAAGUGUGGUUAACAUUCUUCUGUCUUACUCGGCUGAUCCAAAUGCGGCAGACUUUAAUGGAAUGACCAUCCUGCAUUAUCUUUCCAUGCGAUCAGACGGAGAUGCGGAAAUUAUAGCCGCCUUAUUGGAACGUGGUGCGGAUGUGUCAAAGAGGGACAAGAAAUAUAGAACUGUUUUGCAUUACGCGUACUAUUACAGCACACAUAAAUUAUCAACGCAAUUUCUGAACAAUAGAAUUCCUCUUGAUGACUUAUUAGCUGUUGAUGUUGGAGGUAAUAGUAUUUUGCACUUCGCAGCGUAUAAAGGCGACGAAGAUAUAGUGCAGCAACUUAUAGCGUUAGGAGUAGACGUGAAUAUUACGGAUGCUUUCCAAACUCCUUUGCACUGUGCAUCACAGGAAGGUCACCUGGACGUAGUUAAAUGUUUAUACUUUAAUAAUGCAGAUUUGAAGAUUGUGAACAUAUCUGGCAUAUCUCCUCUAAUGGUAGCUGUCCUUAACAAUAAAAUUGACGUGGUUAAGUUCUUACUAAGUAAAAGCGUGUUUAUCUCACAGACGGAUCGGAUGGGAAGAACUGCAUUAUACCAUGCAAUCGAAAGAAACUAUGAACCCAUAGUGGCCGCUUUAUUAGAAAAAGCAAAAGAUGAAGAUUUUAGCAGUAGAGAAUAUUCACACGUUAUACAUUGGGCAGUCUUUAAAGGCAAUGGAAAUAUCAUCAAAUUGCUUUUAUCGCGAAAAGUGAAGUGCACAGUUCUAGAUGAGUAUGGCAGAACUCCACUUAUUUGUGCAUCCACUUGUGGUAACACUUCGGCCGUGCAAGUAUUGUUGAAUGAGAGUGAUGUACUCGCACAGGAUAGCGAAGGUAUGAACUCUUUACACUGGAGCUGUUACAAUGGACAUACAGACACUGUGCGGAUACUUCUACCACACAUGUCAAACAUUGAAUUAAAAGAUAACAAAGGACGGACUGCUUUAAAUUGUUGCGGAAAUAACGAUAACACCGAUAUCGCCGAUCUCUUGUUCGCUCGGAAUGCCGAUGUGAACACUGUUGAUAACAACAAGAUGACUCCUUUAAACUGGGCGGCGCAUAUCGGCAACUACGAAAUGGUAAAGUGGUUAUUACAAAGAAACUGCGCUCUAGCAAUUGAGAAUCAUUGUGGAAUGACCGCAUUGUCCAAUUCUGUUAGUAAGGGUCAUCAUGAAAUUGUGCGCCUUCUCUUAUCUCAUCCAUUUCCCAUGGAGGUACGUAAUUCUGCGGGCAUGAACGGUUUGCAUACCGCGGCGAUCCAUGGCCAUCUAGAUAUAGUUUCAUCAUUCGCGAGAAAAGGCGCAAAUUUGGAAGCAACAAGCAGUAAUUGCAACAGAACUGCUUUAAUUUACGCGGCACAGUUUGGACAUACGUCCAUUGUGCAUUACCUUAUUAACCAAAAGGUUCAGUUGAAUGCUGCGGACAGUGACAACAUGACGGCUCUUAAUUGGGCAGCGAAACGUGGAUAUAACGGUAUAGUCACGUUAUUAGUCAAUAACGGAGCGAAGAAGGAAAUUCCAAAUAAGCAUGGAGAAACUCCUUUUCUAUCCUCUAUAGGCAAUGAUCACUCCGAUGUCACCGAAACACUGCUUUCAAAAGGUGUCAACGUUCAUGUUGUACCUAACUAUGGAAUGCCUUGCAUUCACCAGGUGGCAUAUCUGGGUAAUGUGAAAAUAUUUAAGAUGCUGGUGGAUAAAUUUGCUGUCGAUUUCAAGGAUACCAUGGGUAAGACAACUCUAAUGCAUGCAGCCAUCAACGGUCACAAUGAUCUGAUAAGCAUUCUGCUGGAAAAAGGAGCAUCAAUAUGUGCGCAGGAUGAUUAUGGUAUGACUGCUCUACAUUGGGCUUGCUAUGAUGGUUAUGUAAGCACAGUGGAACUAUUACUAUCAAAAGGUAACAGUGCUGAUUUAAUGGACCAUUUUAUUCUCAAGGAAUUCUUGUGUCGGAAGCUAAACUGUACAUCUGUACAUCAAUACAAUAAACGUAAUUUUCUCAUCCCUCUCCCAAGGUGUGGGUUUAAUUCUGGUCUACAAGUAGUAAUUCCGUGGAUAUUGAGAUUUCCAAACCCCACACACGGUAUGAAUUUACUUCAAUGGUGUUGCUCUCACGGAUAUAUAGACAUCGUGCGAAUAAUGUUACCGCAUGUUCUAAAUCUCGAAGAAAAGGAUGACUAUGGUCGAACUGCGUUAAUUUGUUGUUGUCAAAAUGGUUACACUGACAUCGCGCGCAUUUUACUAAGUCGGGGCGCUGACGUAAACACGCUUGAUGAAAACGAAAUGACUCCUCUAAACUGGGCGGCACAUAACGGCCACCAUAAAACCGUCAAAUUGUUGUUACAAAGCAACUGUAUGCAAAGAAUCAAGAGUAAUUCUGGACCGACCGUAAUGUCCACCUCUUUUGGUCAAUGUGAUCAAAUAAUUGCGCGUCUGAUCUUAGCCAGUUCUGAGGGUGGUGCACGAAUCUAACUGAUUAACAACGCUGGAGGUAGCAAACGAAAAUGGAACUGGAACUGCUUCAACUAUGUCACCAAACUAGCCCAUCGUGCAGAUAGUGGUGAUAGGUACUAUAACCUCAGACGCGAUAUAGUUAUGUAUACUUAUCCAAUGACAUUAGCUACUUGAAUAACGACGACUCGGGCAAUAUCAUUGGUAACCUCAUCAAAAAGGUCAUCCGAUUAGUGAAUUUUCCAAAACUGGAUCAAGUUGUACUGCUAAUUUCAAAGGAUCCUCAAGAUAAAAGCCAGCGUCCCGCAAGUCAAAGAUCUAAAAGGCGGGGUUGGAGAACAGUCCUUUAUUUAAGCAUUUUGUUAUCCCCUAACUGUCAUAUUGUUCUUAUCUACUGUCUAUUACUUUGUAAAAAGGCUAUGUAAUGUUUAUUUUGUAUAUGUGCAAUAUACAUCUAAUCUAA